UUGGCGGCCACGACGAUGGACCCGGCGCCGGCGGGCCGUGUGGAAGGGGAAGCAGUCGCAGCCUCGGGAGCCGCUGCCACCGCGGCGCUCAGGGAGUCGGCGCGGCAGAUGAAUAAUGACAGAGGCUUUGAAAAUGUAGAACUGGGAGUCAUAGGAAAAAAGAAGAAAGUCCCCAGGAGAGUCAUCCACUUUGUUAGUGGUGAAACAAUGGAAGAAUACAGCACAGAUGAAGACGAAGUUGAUGGCCUGGAGAAGAAAGAUGUUUUGCCUACUGUUGAUCCGACAAAACUUACCUGGGGCCCCUACUUGUGGUUUUACAUGCUUCGGGCUGCUACAUCAACCCUCUCAGUGUGUGACUUUCUUGGAGAGAAGAUUGCAUCUAUUUUGGGCAUCAGCACCCCAAAGUACCAGUAUGCCAUUGAUGAGUACUAUCGGAUGAAGAAGGAGGAAGAAGAAGAAGAAGAAGAAAACAGGAUGUCUGAAGAAGCAGAAAGACAAUACCAACAGAAUAAACUGCAGACUGAUUCCAUUGUUCAUACAGAUCAGCCAGAAACAGUAGUAUCCAGUUCAUUUGUGAAUGUCAAUUUUGAAAUGGAGGGAGACACUGAAGUAAUUAUUGAAAGCAAACAAAAUUCAGUUUCUAUCCCACCAUAAAAUGAGAUGACUGUCAGACUUCAAACCCAUACUAGGAACUUUCACAUUCUGUAUUCAGUGGGACUUAAUACAGUUAUUUAUAUUUUAAAUUGUUAUCUGAAAAGGGAAAACGUUUCUUCAUACUUAGGCUAUAUCUAGCAAAAGCCAGAUCUUGGUUGGGUGCAGUGACUCAAGUCUCAACACUUUGGGAACCCAAGGCAGGAGGAUCACUUGAGGCUACCAGUUUGAGACCAGCUUGGGCAAUUUAGCAAAACCCCAUCUCUACAAAAACAAAACUAAGAAUCAAAAUUCAGACCUGAAACUUGGAUAUUGGUACUGUUUCUCUGUGUGCCAAAUUAGUGCUUUGAUCUUUGACUUUAGAAUAAUCUUUUUAAAAAAAAUUAAGAACAUCCUAGAGCCUUAAUUGCCAAUUACAAAGAGUUAAAUUAUCAAGCUUGCCUUUGUUAUCUGUGCAUUUGUUUAAAAAAAAAGGUUAAGGCUAAUUAGAACUGAUAAUCCCACAGUCUCAAAUUAAAAUGAGGAUUUUUUUCUCUUAGAUUUUCUAAUGUUAUACCUUGCAUUUAUAUAUCUAACCAUUAAUUCACACAAAGGAUGGUUUGCUGUAUAAUAAAGGGAGCAAGGCAGAAGCACUUUGAAUUUUCUUUCAUUGAGAAUAACUAUUUUAUGGAAAAGUUUGAGUUUAUAACACCAAAUAUUAAGAUAGGUGUCCAUUUUUAAAUGCAAGUUACUUGGUCUUGUAUUUUUUUCAGUUACUCAAAUAACUAGCUUUGAACGUAAUAUUAAAGGUGCCAGUUAUGCAAUGAAUUUAUUAAUGUAUUUGUGCACAAGUGUACAUGGCCUCCUGGUUAUGACACUCAUUUAGCCUUUAAUGCUAUAGAUGGAGUAGUUUAUGGGGGAGAGGAAACAGAAGAGAUACAUAUUUAACACCAUCAGGGGCUGUUAGAUAUUGUACAGGGUGCAGUGGUAUCCUAAUGAAGUUACCUAGCAUUCACCAUUUUAAAGUAGCAACAGUAAGAUGGACAGUUUACUUGAACUAGGUUGGCUAUUCUUCUACCUACUGUGUUAUUUGCAAACCUUACAAAGGUAUAUAAUAUAAAGCUGAUUUUGAAAAUAUUCCUAAAUGUGUGUACAGAAUCUUAAGAUAUACCUGUAUAACUUUGAUUUAUAUAAACAUAAGUAAGGAAGAAUGUGUAGAGUGUUUUAGAAAUGUUGAUCUUAAGUCUUUUCACAAACUUCAAAAGAGCUUUCAGAAAUUAAUAGUUAAUAGCCUAAGUUCAACUAAAAGUUGAAGAAUUUAGGAAGGAUAAUUAAACUUUUCAUUAGGAGUCUUCAAUUACAUGGAUUCAUUAUGGUGUUUCAUAGUAAGUGAUGGUCAUCUUUUUAUUCAUGGGUAUAAACACUAUAAAUUUUAGUGCUUAAAAGGAUCAAUCUUCAGAUAAAAUAAAUUAUAAUUUACCAGUAGUUCUAAAACAUGUUAACCUGACCUCUUGUAAUUUGUUUUUAACUUCAUUUGAGAUAGUACCUCUCAGAUAUUUAUCAAGUGAAGGUAGGUAUUUCUAAAGGUGACCUUCUGAAUCUUCUAUCCUAGAGGCACGAGUAUCUAAAAGAAUUUACCUAGAAACUUUUCUGAUUGUACUAGAAGGAAUAUAGUGACUUAUGAAGGUUAUAUGUUUCUUGAAUUUUAUUUCUGAUACUUGUCCAAUAAUGGCCAGUUUAUAAUGUUUAUAAAUACAGUUAUUCACUGUGCCUUACAUUUUUAUAAUUUUAUUUAUGCAAACUGUAAAAUUUCCCAUAAAUGCAUUAAAUGGUUUGUCUUAUUUUAAGCCUC